AUGUCGCUUCCCCUACCUGUCGUCUGCUGCGAAUUCGGCACCGGUCCCUGCGGCUGCAAAGUUGUCGGCCCAACCCUCGGCUUCCUCUUCGCCUGCAUAGCGGCGAUCCCGUUCUGGCUCGCCGGCGCUGUGCUGUGGAUCGGCGUUCAUUACGCCGUCGAGAGUUUGGGCGGGGACCGCGGGUUGUAUACCGUUUUAGCGAACGUGGGGUGGGUUGGGAGGUUGAGUAGGAAACGCAUCAGACGUGGACGCCGCGUUUACAUCGAGGUGUUGGGAUGCAGCGAUGGGCAUUUUUGGGGAGCAAGGAUUUGUAAAUGGAUCAGCAAUGCUUCGGAUCGUCAAGGCCCUUGGCCAUGUACAUGUAGGGCAAAAUAG